AUGUUCAAUCCAAAGGCAGAGGUUACCCAAGUGCACACGGAUGCGAGCUCAGUAGCUUUGUCGGGCAUGUUGCUACAGGGACCUACUACCACGAACCUGCACAUGGUUUAUGCAGUAAGCAAAAAAACCACCGCAGCCGAAUCAAAAUACCACAGUAGCCGUCUCGAGUUGUAUGCCGUUAUAUGGACGCUGAACCGACUCAGACCAUACUUGCUCGUUAUACGUUUUACCGUGGUUACUGACUGUCAGUCGCUUAUCUAUUUAAACAUUCAGAAGACUGUCAAACCGCAGAUCGCGUGCUGGUUCGAGGUUCUCCAAGAGUUCGAGUUCGACAUCAAGUUCCGACUGGGAGAACGUAUGGCCCAUGUUGACGCGCUGAGUCGUGCUGUCUGUCCGACGGCCACAGAGGAAGAUUUUUCCGUAAAACAAGAGCUCUCCGCCCGCCUCGACGUAUUCGUUGCCAUGACUGCUAUCGAAAGAGUACGGUUUAUGCAGCAAGGAGAUGAUGCAACGAAAGAUUUAAUCCAACUGGUGUUGGCCACGCGACCCCUCACCGAGCAUGAGGAGCGCACUGUAGAACGUUAUGAACUACACGAUGGAGUUCUACACCGCAGGUACGCCGGACGGUUACUGCUAGUUGUGCCACGUCCCAUGAGGAAGGGGAUAGUCAUCGGCGAGCAUGACUACGGAGGCCACUUCUCACUGGACUGA